UGAACCCAACUCACUCACCAGUUUGAAGAGGAUUGAGCUAGGGGAGCAGUUAGAGAGCAGCGAGAUCGAGAGAAACAGUUCGAGGGAAGCUAGCUAGAGGAAGACGGUACGAGCGUCACAGAAGAUGUCUAGUCAGAUUUUCACACAAGCAGAAACACUUGAGACUAGUUAGUUAUGAUAUUUUAUGAUUAUGAGUAUAGACUGGAGAUCAAGUUGAGUUUUUUUUUAUAGUUUGAGUUAAGUUGCCCACGUAUUAGGGCGCUGCUUUGAACUACAUGAGUGUGUUUUCAUAAAUUUAUUUAUGAAAAUUUUUCCCAUUUCAAUUUAAGAUUUGAGUGUUUUAAUUUUCAAGGAUAUUUUGGUAAAAUUAGUACCCGACCGGGUUAGGGUGUUACACCCUGUCUGAGUGUCCAUCAUCCGCUCCGCCGUCGACUUUGGAGCUUUGUCGCUGACUAUCUAGAAUUUUUGUUGCACGAUCUUUGUUCAUAGCCAUCGACCUCCGCCAUCGAUCCCAUGAGGCUCCAUCACCAUCGAUCACCUCCAUCGACUUGUACCAUCGCCAUCGACCUUCUCCAUUGAAACAUUCUAUAUUUCCUGGCAUUGACUGCUACCUGCCUGCCAACGACAUCCGCCAUUGCGACCUUGGCCCCUCCAACCCAGAAUCCCUCGAUCAGACGAGCUUCCCCUUUGUUUGUUUGAUGGUAAUAAUUAAUGAGCCUCCUUUUUGUUUGAAAAUGUUGUACAUUGUAUGUAAUGAAUGCUAAAAUCAAUCUCCUACUCUGUCACCAUUAUAUUUUGUUUCAUUUUGUUGCUUCCUAUGACAAGGUGGAUACUACAGGUUUUGUUGAAUAUGUUCUACUCGGUCCAGACCGCACCACACAGGCGUGGUCUUGACCAUAUAGUGUAUAGUCUGGUCCAUGGUCUCUAUUCUACCCUCUUGGUCUGGACCGCAAACCGUGUAUAUGAUCUGGUUGGAGCAGACCACACCGUUUCCCAGCCCUAGCUCUAGGGAACUACUAGAGAUUGGUGGCAUCUCUAACCGAAGAGUGAAGUGGUACAACUGGAUAUCACCUGGAACCAGUUUGUGAAAAUGUUCCUCGAUGAGUACAUCCCCCCAAACAGUCUGGGAUGAUAAGAGGGAAGAUUUCAUGAAGUUGGAGCAGCACUGGGGGCAGAGUGUCACGGAGUACAAAGAGCUAUUCAAGAAGCUAUGCAAGUAUGUUGAUCCCGUGUACCGGACUGCAGCAGGGAUGCGAGAUCGUUAUGUUCGGGGUUUGAGGACAAAACUGAGAAAAUGUAUGGGAGAAGCAGAGAGGGCAUCUCAAGCCAUAUUGAGCUGCCCUUCGCAUUGAGAGGGAUGAGAAGAUGGCUGAACAAGAGAGGGAUGCGAGGCUUAGUACGAAGAAGAGGAAGGAGCCAACCAACUAUGAGGCCAUGAAUUACUCGACCUACCCUUCUAAGUGGGGAUCUAGUUCAUUUAGCCAACAUCAGUCCUGGAGCCAGGAGAUCUCCACGAGAGAUGUACCGGCACAACAACUAUAUCCACUAUGCUCAAAAUGUGACAAGCUUCAUCUAGGUGAGUGCGGGCGUAAUAUGAGUGUUUGUUUCGAGAUGUACCGGGACAACAACUAUAUCAAUUAUUUCAAUUGUUUUUUGCAUUUUGAUUUAUUUUGAUUACUCAAGGGCAUUUUUGUAAAAGUAGUGCUCGUCCAAGCAAGGGCGGCCCUAUUGAACGAUGGUGGGACAAACCUCAAAGAGGGCGUUGAGAACUCCAAAGUUAAACGUGGUUAGUGUGAAGGACAACAAUGAUGGGUGACCUUAUGGGAAGUCAACUUGAAUUGCACCCCAAGUAAAAAACCGUGAGGGUCAAGGUCCAAAACGGACAAUAUCUUGUUACAGGAUUCCUACUGAAUGGUCAUGUGAUCCGCAAUCUCCACUACCCAAGUUUAGAUAAGUCACCGUGUGGUGCUACGUUCCGUGGUAGUCAAGACUCAAGUGGAGGGGCACCCUAUUGUGAGGGUAUCCAAGGUUUUGCAAGCAAGACCUAAGGUGUUUCUAACUAAGAUGAGGUAAUAGGAGUGAUUCAAGGGAAUAAGAGGGAUUCGAGAGACCCUACCAGUUACAUCCGUCAAGGGAGACAAGGAGCAUUGUCGGACUAAGGCAGGUUUAAAUUGGUAAUCUUGAGAUUGGCCUAAGAAAAGAAAUCAAGCCAGUCGCAGACACACAAGAGCGUAGGGAAGGGUAUGAAGGGCGGAACGACAUGUAAGUCCCUAGAGGAGGAGUAGAAUGAAGGUAAGUAAAUCAA